GUUACAAGCUCGACAUUGCACAGAUCGUGGCCUUUGUUUUCACAUUCCGAAUGGGUGCGAACCAAGUGGUUGAGAUAUAAUUAUUGCUGAAAAGUGGGUCUUCGAGGGGAUUAUGUGUGGCUCCUGGUGAAAAGGAAUAAAGGAAUAUAGAGCCAGGUGCAUGUGAGUGGACGGAUUGCGGAAGAGUUACCUCAAACGGGUUUUCCGUAUUUUACGAUAAAUAACUCGAACAAUGGAGAACUACACAUCGGACUCGAGUGACUCAGACUCUUACGUGAAGACCCUAGACCUCUCGUACCUGAUGCUGGACGCUGACCUCCUGGACCAGCACUUCAUGUCGACAAAAGACGCGGAGAACAUCGAGACAUUACUAUUGAAUCACAAUCGCAUAAAUUCAGUUCCCCCCACAAUUUCGAUAUUCAAGAAUCUCCACACGUUGGACCUAUCCAACUGCAGCUUGACGCGCCUCCCAGACUGCAUCGGAGACUGCCCCCUGACCUGUCUCAUCGCCAAGAACAACAGUCUCUCUAACGACUCCUUACCAAAGACCUUUGAUAAUGUCAUGAACCUGAGGGAGUUGAAUCUCAGUGGAAACAGACUCACUGAUUUUCCCGAUCAGGUGCUGGAGCUGGCGGAGCUGAAGUACCUCUACCUCGGCGGGAACAUGAUCAGCGAGAUCAGGAAGGAGAUUUGGAAGAUGCAGAAGCUCCAGGUGUUGUCCAUGGGGGGCAACAGGCUGACUGAGGUACCCAGUACUGUGGGGAGACUGACUGCCCUUCAGGCCCUUAUUCUCUGUGAUAAUAUGUUAGAGAGCUUGCCGUCCACUGUUGCUAAUUUGAAGAAUCUCAAGUCACUUCUGCUUCAUCAGAAUAGACUGAGGACACUGCCUACGGAGAUUAUUACGCUUAAAGGACUCACUGAGCUUUCCCUCAGAGACAACCCCCUAGUCGUCCGAUUCGUCUCCGACAUGACCCAUAAUCCCCCCUCAUUACUGGAAAUCGCAGCGAGAGUAAUAAAAACCUCGAAUAUACACUACGAUGAUAUUGGACUGCCAAAAACCCUGAUUGAUUAUCUCAAUUGCGGUCAUCGAUGUGUCAAUCCCAAGUGUCAAGGGGUAUUCUUCGAUAACAGAGUGGAGCACGUGAAGUUUGUUGAUUUUUGCGGAAAGUACAGGCUUCCGCUGCUCCAAUAUUUAUGUAGCAGUAAAUGUAUUGGACCACGUGAUGGCGAUGAGGAAGUUGUGAGCGGUGCGAUGAUCAGAAAAGUACUACUCGGCUGAAUUAAUACGAAUAGAGAGAUAUCACACAUUUUAUUUUUAUGAAUACAUCACUGAAAUAGACCGUUUAGGCUUACAGAAGGCUAUUUUUAUUUUGUUUAUUUAAUAUUUUAUAGUUAUUCAUGACUUUGUUAAAAAAAAAUCUUAAUGAUAUCACAA